CAUUACCGCCCAAAAAUAUCUCAUAUCUCCCUUCCGUCUCUCACUGUCUCAAUGGAGCGCUUCAACGCAAUCCCUCUCUUCUUCGCUAUUCUACUAUCGGCGACGGUAGCCUACGGUGUAUCUUCCGAUCAAAUCAACAGCGCCGUAAGCGACGAGGAAGAUAUUUUGAUUCGUCAAGUCGUCUCCGGUGCUGAUGAUCGUCCUUUGACAGCGGAACAACAUUUCCAGGACUUCAAACUCAAGUUCGGAAAGACUUACACCACUGAUGAGGAACACGAUUACAGGUUUCGUGUCUUUAAGGCUAACCUCCGCAAAGCGAAGCGCCACCAGAAGCUCGAUCCCGACGCUGUCCAUGGCGUCACUCGGUUUUCCGAUCUCACCGAGUCAGAAUUCCGUGAGAAUUUCGUCGGAUUGAAUCGGCUCCGUCUUCCUGCUGAUGCUCAUCAGGCUCCGAUCCUUCCGACUGAUAACCUCGCCUCCGAUUUCGAUUGGCGUGAUCAAGGUGCCGUAACGCCGGUCAAAGAUCAGGGUUCUUGUGGCUCGUGCUGGUCUUUUAGUGCUGUUGGAGCGCUGGAGGGAGCUAAUUUCUUGUCAACUGGAAAGCUCAUUAGUCUGAGUGAGCAACAGCUUGUGGAUUGUGAUCAUGAGUGUGAUCCGGAGGAAGCUGGUGCAUGCGACGCAGGGUGCAACGGGGGACUAAUGACUUCAGCUUUUGAGUAUAUUGUGAAAGCAGGUGGGUUAGAGAGAGAGGAGGAUUAUCCUUACACCGGCACGGAUCGUGGCUCUUGCAAGUUCCAAAAUGGCAAAAUCGCUGCCUCUGCAGCCAACUUCAGUGUCAUUUCAAACGAUGCUGAUCAAAUUGCAGCCAACUUGGUCAAGAACGGCCCUCUAGCAAUUGGAAUCAAUGCAGUUUUCAUGCAAACAUACAUGAAGGGAAUUUCAUGUCCAUACAUAUGCUCUAAACGAAAUUUAGAUCAUGGAGUUCUCCUUGUAGGAUAUGGAGCUGCAGGCUUUGCUCCGAUACGGUUGAAGGAGAAACCCUAUUGGAUCAUUAAAAACUCGUGGGGCGAAAAUUGGGGAGAAAAUGGAUAUUACUUUAUUUGCAAAGGCAAGAAUAUCUGUGGAUCCGAGUCGAUGGUCUCUUCCGUCGCUGCCAUCCCAAAAUGAGCCAUCGCCUAGUGCCGUUCCGUUCUAUUAAGGUAACUUUGUAAUUAUGUGUCUAUAUAUUAUAUGGGGAAUGCAUGGGUUAUUUAUUAUUACUCCAAGUGCUAUGGAAUUAUUGUUCAUUCUCUAAUUGGCUGAUAGCUAUUGUUGUAUAAUUUGUAUGUUGAAAUAAUGUUGCAGUCUAUAGGGAAUUUGGGUACUAGAAAUGCAUGCACUCACAUUGAUCUUAUCCUGUGUGAUUGUCAUGUAUGUGUUGCAUUGGCUUGUGCAUGUUAGUGUUAGUGUUGUACUUUCAGUUUCAAGUAUAUAUAUAUUCAUAUAUAAUUGAAUUUUCCAAGGCUU